GUGAAGAUGACUAUGUCAAGUGAAGCUGGAGACAUCAGAAGGCAAGAUGACUGGUGAAGUGUCAUACACCCAGAAUAAUCCACUAUUUGGCAUGUCAAAUAGCAGGAGUGAUCUCAACAGCCUAAGGUCUGAGGAUUUGAAGCCAUUGAGGCCCAAAAGACGGUGGGGUCUAUUUGUCCUUGCUGUUUACCUGAUUCUGCAGACCGUGCUUAGUGCUUUUCUUCUAUAUAAAGUUUUCACCUUGGAGGCUUCACUAUCUAACAUCAAGUCAGAAAAACUACCCAACGCUCUUGUUCACAACAACAGCACAGCAGGAAUCCUCAAAGACCAGCUGUGGGCUUUGCAAAAUGAGGUCAACGGUCUGUGUAAAGAAGACGGACAGCUGGGGAGGCUGAGGGCUGAACUGAUGGUUGUCAACGCCAGCACCAAUAACCUGGAGGCGAAGCUGAGAAAUAUUAGCUAUAAAUCAGGACCUCCAGGCAGAGAUGGCUUGCAAGGACUUCCAGGAACCCCUGGAGAGAUGGGCCCAAAAGGCAUAUCUGGACCCCCUGGACCCGCUGGUCCUCCUGGACCCCCAGGGAAUCAAGGACCAGGUGCAAAAGGAGAACCUGGGGUCGCAGGUCCUCGUGGAGAAAAAGGUGACACUGGGAACUUUGGUCAAAAAGGAGAGCGUGGAAUUGUUGGUCUUCCUGGACAAAAAGGAAAUGUUGGUCCACCUGGAAUUCCAGGCUUGAUCGGACCACCUGGUUUGAAUGGAAAUCAAGGACCACCAGGUUCUAAAGGUGAAAAGGGAGACUCAGGAAAUUCACCAGAGUUGAACGUGCGUCUUAUACCAGGAAAAUAUCGAGGGAGAGUAGAGGUGAAACACAACGGGGUGUGGGGCACCAUUUGUAACGACAACUUUGACAUAGUGGAUGGUCGAGUUCUCUGUAAGAUGUUGGGCUUCCAAACAUGCGUUACCACCUUCACUGCCACCGCAGGGACUGGCAAAAUCUGGCUGGAUGACCUGCGAUGCUUAGGAACUGAGUCAGACAUCUUUGACUGCGCACAUAAUGGAAUUAGUGUCAACAACUGCCAACACAAUGAGGACGCUGGACUACAAUGUGAAGCGUCUUAUUUUGAAGCCAGGAAGUGGCGAACCUUGCAUUUGGCGAACACCGUAACCAUUGUAGCACAGGCGCAGUACACUAGCCCCUGCUCCCAAUUGUGGCUUGUGUACGUAUAA